AACACAAACAUGCACGCACACACACACGUCUAGGCCUGUCAUGAUCACAAAUUUUGUUGGACGAUAUAUUGUCUCAGAAAUUAUUGCGAUAAACCACUUACAACAAAAACGAUACAUAAAAUACAAUUUAUGGCUCUUAAAAAUUGCACUGAAGUGAAAAUUAACUUGGCACAGGGUAAUAAAAAGACAUUCUUUUCUUCACAGGCAACAUUCUGCCAAUUCAGUUUCUCAAAGAUUAGUACCCAGAUCAACAAAAAGUGCAAAGUAACAACGUAUUGCCAGCUGUCAUUUGGAUAAAAGUCACAGCAAUUAGAACGAGAUAACAUGUAGGCAAGGGCGUAGGUUUGGUAUUAACAUUGGUGGGGACAAAAACCCAAUGCCAACCCCCAGUGGUGCCAACUUCAGGUCAGCAUUAGAGGGUCACAAUAUUUUGCUCCGUUGUGUUCCACCAAAAGAGUCUCCAUCAUCUCUCCAAAGGCCAGACUUUUAACAUUUGAAGUGCAGAACUGUAGUAAUUCAUGAAUAAUAAUAAUAAUAAAAAUAAUAAUAAUAAUAAUAUGAAAUCCAUUUGAUUAACUGCAAAUCUUGCAUGUGAUGAUGAACUCAUUCUACCAAUUUGCAAAUGUGUUUUCCAAGCAAAUAGCGCACUGACUGUCGGGAGGGUGUAUGUUCCUUUCCCUCAUAAAUGGAAAUAAAACCCAUCCGGAGCCUUAAACACUGCGUUCCAUGAGGCUGGCAGGGGGAGUCGCUCUCUUCUGUGGGAUCUUUAACUAGUUUUAGAAUGCUAGUUUAAGCUGAUAUGUGAUUGAUCUAACGGUAAAACAGCACGAGGGCUCGAGAACUUUGACAGGUUACAAUUUUACUUCAGGGUUGCCAGAUACUGCUGACAUUUUCCAGCCCAAAAUAUGUUCAAAACCCGCCAACAUGCACUUAAAACCGCCCAAAAUGUAAAAUGUACUUGAUGCCUAUCUUGUAAAGUAAAAAUAUGCAGCGAAAGUCCAGUAUGCUAUUUGUAAAUCGAACAAAUAGCAGCAUGAGCCCGUCAGUGCUGGAGGUGAAGAAUCUGCUGUCUGGUACUCGGCUCCGUGUGGUUCAAUCAGAUUAUAACUCUGCAAUCAUCUGCUGUGUUCUGAAUCCUACAUGCACCAGUAGGGGGCGCACACGCAGAAUAUUAUGGAGGCUAUGUUAGGCUACGAUGCAUAUCUAACAUCUGCAUUGCUGAGGUUAUUUAUUUUUUAUUUAUUUAUCCUGUUUGUUUUAUUAAUUUUAUAGGCCUAGUUAUUCUGCUUAAUUUAUUUUUGUCUACAUCCAUGUAUUUUCUUCAUCUGUUAUCCUGAUUUUUGUGGAUUUGUUAGAUUGUACCUGUUUUAUAUACUUCAAUUAAAAAAAAAGUGAAGCUCCGAUGCAUGGCUGAAUGUAACAUGAGAAGAGAAAAUGGAGAAUGGAUUGCGUCAUUCUUAUUUACUAGUUUAUGAGUUCAGUUUCUGCACUACAUUACACACAUUCAUCUUAGUCUUAGAGUUACAUCGACAUUUUUUUGUUUAAAUAAUACUUAAUGAGAUAAAUGUUUAUUGUUAAUGAUUAAUUUAGGCCAAUGCUCAAUUUUGGUUGUUUAAAAUAGCUAAGGGGUGCUGGGUAAACUAGGUCUUUGUGUCGUGUGAUGCCCGCGAUCUCUGAUUGGGUCACAGAAGUGUUUAAUAUGGAUUGGAUUGGAUGUAGACUAGUGGACGGAGAUAGUACAUAGAAUGCGCUGCAUCAAAGUCCUUCUAAGGCUGUAGAAGUGUCUCUGGCUGCAUUCUCACACAGAACAUUCGUGCGAAAUGUUUAUAAACAUCUGAUAUAAACCCGCCGAAAUAACGUCAAAACCGCCCAAUCUGGCAACACUGUUUUACUUGGCAACGGAAUGAAUUCUGAUUGGUUGUUCUACAGAGAAAAGUUUUCACUGCAACCGAACUGCUGUUUUCGUGACCACGCCCCCAGCGCGGAUAUUCAUGUUCACAUUGUUCAGUUUGUUUUUCUCUUUUAUUUUAGAUUUCUGUUAUCUGACUCUGGAUCCCAACACGGUACAUCGUCACCUCAUUCUGUCUGAGAAGAACAGAGCGGUGAGAUGGAGUGAGAGAGAGCAGCGUUACUCUGAUCAUCCAGAGAGAUUUGAUUACUGGCAGCAGGUGUUGUGUAAGGAGAGUGUGUGUGGACGCUGUUACUGGGAGGUGGAGUGGAGCCGUGCUGCUGGUGUGGACAUAUCAGUCUCAUAUAAAGACAUCAGCAGGAAAGGACGGGGUAAUGAGUGUGAGUUUGGAUCCAACAAUCAGUCCUGGAGUCUGGAUUGUUCUUCUUCUCUCUCUUUCUGGCACAACAGCAUUAAGACUGAUCUCAGAGUUCCAUCAGCCUCCAGAAUAGGAGUGUAUGUGGAUCACAGUGCAGGAACUCUGUCCUUCUACAGCGUCUCUGACACGAUGAAGCUCCUCCACAGAGUCCACACCACAUUCACUCAGCCUCUAUACGCUGGGUUUGGGGUUUAUGGUUCUACAGUGAGAUUGUGUGAUCCAGAUUAAAAGUGUGUAGUGUUUUCUGUAAAAUUCCUGCACGUUGCCACGUUGUUGCUCAGUCGUCUGUUUCACUAGAACACAAUCCAGCUGCACAAAAACACUCAUUUUAAUAUUUAAAUUAAAACAGAUGAAUAAUUUAAAAUAAUUAAAAAGGAAAUGUUAAAAAUUAACUGUCAGACAAGAAACUCGUCAAAUUUAAAAAGAAAAUGAUCUCAUGACCUUCACAUUAUAAAGCUGUGUUUGUUUCAUAUUAAGCAGCAUCUCAUUAAAUAACUAAUAAACAGUAAUAAAGCCAGAACAGAACAACAUUUUAAACCUGGUCAGGUCACACUAUAUAAAAAUAAAACAUCACUUUUGGAAUGAAUUUGAUUUUUCUGCUUGUGUUCUAAGAUGUAAAAUCCACAUUCACUUUUUCAAAUCUGAAGUUGUUUCUAAACCCUGAGAUUUGAUUGUAAAACAUUGAACAAUAUUUAAACUCCAUUAGAACAUCCAGUACAUGAUCGGUUCAGGCUGCCGAUGUUGUGUUCAUCCCAUAUUCAGCCUGGAUGAUGAUUGGCCCGCAGAUAGAACCUUAUAAAUCCAGGUUUAUCUGUGAGUUUGGGAUUUUUAUCCAAAUAUUACAAUCAAAGCGUUGCAGAAUAAAAGAUAAGAGCACAGGAGAAUAAAGUUUCCCCCAGUAAUGGAGUUUCUGUGCUGAACUCAUUUUCAGACAGAAGCAAAUUCAACCUUUUCCUGAGAGUUUCAGCAGCUGGAUAAAUAUUGUUCAGUAUUUUAAACUGAAUUUCUUUCACUGUGGGUGAAAUUGGCCAUCUAAGAUAACUACAGUGUGUAUUUGUUAGCGUUCCUCCAUCAUCAGUUAUUCUUACUUUUAUUUUCUUUUUUUAAAUCAGGGAAUCGCUUCCAUUUUAAAACAUUUCUAAUUCCUUUGUUAUUAGAUUUUCUUUCACCAAUUUCCACUUCACCGAUUUUCAAUUCAGGCAGUUUGACCGACACCUUUGAAUAUCCAAGGGUAUUUUUUAUCGUGAACCUUAAGGGAGGUGGAAUAGCUCUACAAAUUUGAUUAAAUUCUCUUUAGACUCAUUUUAAAUGAAACUUUUCUACAAAUGAAUUAAAUUGCAUUAAAUGUCCAUUUUCAUCCAUUAGAUCGGUAACAUCUAAAACUUUAUCAUCAUUCCAUUCUUGUUGAAAUAAAGUCUUCCUAUUAAUGGUUCUAUUAUUCCACAAGGUUAAGUACGCUCGCAUUUGUGGACAUAAAAUAAUUUUGGUUAAAUUGGGCAGCCUUGUCUGAUUCCACAUAAAAUCUUAAAUUUUGGUGUCAUUAAAGGGUUAAGGGAGAUAUAACUAAAUAUCAUUGUGAAAUAUUUUAAUAACCUUGCAGAACCCUUUUCCAAAUCCAAGAUUUUUGAGUUUUAUAAACAUAAAAUCGUGCUCCACAGUGUCGAAUGCUUUGAAAAAGUCUAGAAAUAAAACGAGACUAUCUGAUUGAAUAAUUGAUUGGUAAUCAAUCAUAUCCAGAAUCAGUCGGACGUGGUUUUGAAUAUAUCUUCCCUUCAUGAAGGCUGAUUGAUAUUCGUCUACAAGUUUUACAAGUCCACGCUUUAGAUGAUUAGCAGAUACUAAGGCAAGUAAUUUAUAAUCAUUGCAUAGUAAGGUUAUAGGUCUUGUUAGGUUUAUAUAAGUAUUAUUCUUGACCAAGAAGGCAGUAAUAUAUUUGUGACAAAAUUAAGGAUUCAGUUAAAAUGACCUUCUGUCUCGGCUGGACAUUGUUUGGGAACAUUUUGUUUAUGUUUGAUAUAAAAUGUGUAUUAUUGAUCAGAUAUGUGUCUAAACGGUGCCUGGAGGUCUACAUAUGAUGUCAGACACACCAACACACACUCACAGCUGCAUAUCCAAGGAUUGAAUGUAGUUUUAUAAUUACAGAAUAUAACUUAGGAUUGUUAAGACUUUAUGAUUCUAAUGUUAAAGAUUUUAUGAGUUUAAUCCUGAAUCCUGUCCUCCGGUGAAGUAGCAUUUCUUUGCUUUGCCAGACAUAUUCUUAUUUUUCUUAUUUUUCGUAUGACUGUUUUGUUUAAGUUUGUUCUUAUUUUGUUUAUAACAUAUAACAUAUAUUUAUAACAUAUCUUUGUUAAAAUUGUUUAUUUUGCUUAUUAUUGUCUUACUACAUAUUACUGAAAUCAAGUUGUAAUUUGCUGACUUAGCACAAGACACACAUUCAUGAGUUAAGAGUUAUGAUUUUAAUAUUUUUAGCUUUUCAUCUUUUAGCUUUUAGAUCCUUUAAAACUAUUGCUGUUUAAAUUGGUAUUAAUGUCUGAUGUAUUUUUCUUUGACUAGACUUCGUAGACUAGAUAUAUUAUCUGUGUUUAAGUACAUAGUGCCCUGACCUGAAGGGGGGUACGUAAGCAAUGACCUUUAAGAUGUCUGAACAAUGAAGUAAUUAAGACCUGCUCAUAUACACACACACACACACACACUUAGACACAGAUAUCAAAAUGAUGUCACUCACUCACAUCCCCCCCCAUAUGCACAUACACACAUAGAUAUCAAACAGUGAUGUCAUUUCAUCAGAUAAUCUCCACAUAUAAUAACCCUCUAUAUUCCUGUCCAAUUGGGGAACUUGGGAAUAAAGAUGUGAACUACA